CUCACAACCCUGGAUUUAGCCGGCCAAUGCUCAAACUACUGAGCUAUCCCUCCACUGCCCAGCAAUGAGAGCCACAGGAUAUAUAUGUAUUGUGCCUAGACGCAUGUCCUUUUAUCCAUUCUAAAUAUCUUUCAUUUUAUUGGCUAUCCCAUUGUUCUCUUCUAAUGAUGAAAGAGCAGCAAAUUUAAAGUCUCCAUACCUUCUUUAUUUUGUGUCUCACUCAUGUCCCCUCUUUUUUCCAUCUCUUCUCCAGACUGAAUAGUUCCAAUAGGUCUUCAGAUGACAGGGCCUCCAUGUCUUUAAUAACAUUUUCAUCAGUUGUCUCAGAGCCUUCUGAAUACUGGAAGAAAAUGACCAGGGUUCCCCAGGUAUAAUAUGUUAGAGAAGCACUGACCUAGGGACACCUUGGGAAGGGGUAUGCAAUAAAGCCUUCUAUUUGCCACCUUCUCUGUAUCCAAAGGGUUCGUGGGAAACUGGAUUAAUUUGGUGAAUACUCCUAAUUUUCAUCCAAUAACAAACUGUCAAUCUCCCCAUUGCUCAAGGGGUAAUGUGGCAACAAGUGUUGUCCUAUUGCUGAGUCAUGCCCUCACCUGUGGAUACUGUGUUAGGAUCCAGCCCUCAAAGGUGACUGGUGCUGUAGGGAAGAAGGACAUUUCUAUUGGAUGGCAGCAGCUGUCAAUCACACCCACUCCCUGCUCUGGACAGCAUUAAUACCAUCUGUGAAGAAGAAAGUUUCUGGUACUUUUCUGGGCUCUGUCUUGGUUAGAAGUGUUUGGUAUCCCUAGAAAUUUCUUGAGAUCCUUUCUAGCUAAAUCUUCCAGAUAGACAAAUGGAGUCCCAGGUGCGCCAGAACUUCCAUGCUGAAUGUGAUGCUGCUGUGAACCGCAUGGUAAACCUGGAGCUGUAUGCCAGCUAUGUCUACUUGUCCAUGUCCUACUACUUUGACCGUGAUGACGUGGCCCUGAGGCACGUGGCCCAGUUUCUGAAGGAGCAGUCCCAUGAGGAGAGGGAGCAUGCAGCAAAGUUCCUGAAAUACCAGAACAAGCGAGGGGGACGCAUUGUCCUGCAGGACAUCAAGAAGCCAGAGCGGGAUGAGUGGGGGAACAGCCUGGAGGCCCUGCAAUGUGCCCUGCAGCUGGAGAAGACUCUGAACCAGGCACUGCUGGACCUGCACAAGCUGGCUAUGGAGAAGAAUGAUCCCCAUUUAUGUGACUUCCUAGAGUCUGAGUAUCUGGAGGAGCAGGUGAAGGCCAUCAAGCAGCUGGGAGACCACGUCACCAACCUGAAGCGCCUGGGGGUGCCCCAGAACGGCAUGGGAGAGUACCUGUUUGACAAGCUCACCCUGGGGGAGAGCAGCUGAACUCUGCACUAGGGACCUGAACAGUAGUGUAGAUCAUGAUGUCAUAGCUGCAUUACUCUGGAUAUAGAUCAGAAAAUAGAUGCCUUGUCUUACCUAAAUACUGAGAAUAAAA